GACUUGCAACUAAAAGCGGAAGCUCCGCCCGCCGCGGGCGAGACUUCCGGUUGUUACCGCUUGCGGCGUCUUCUGCUGACGGAGUCGGAACCGGCGGGGACCAGGAUGGUGUUGCUCGAGAGCGAGCAGUUCCUGACGGAGCUGACCAGGCUCUUCCAGAAGUGCCGGUCGUCGGGCAGCGUGUACAUCACCCUGAAGAAGUAUGAUGGUCGCACCAAACCCACUCCACGGAAGAGUUCUGUGGAGAGCGUUGAGCCCGCAGAAAACAAGUGUCUGUUGAGAGCCACGGAUGGGAAAAGGAAGAUCAGCACAGUGGUGAGUUCCAAAGAGGUGAAUAAGUUUCAGAUGGCCUAUUCAAACCUACUGAGAGCUAACAUGGAUGGGCUGAAGAAGAGGGACAAGAAGAACAAGAGUAAGAAGACCAAACCAGCACAGUGACAGGCGUGGUUAUUACCGACCAGCUGAAGUGCGGGUACCUGUGUUUCUGCUUUUGGCACUCUCUGUAACUGUUCAUGUAAGGGUUGUUUAAGAAAGAAGGGUUGGAUGAUCAACCCUUCUAAACUGGUAAGAAGCCAGUUUGUUUUAGAUCUUCAUUGCAUGGCUGGAUACUCUUAGACACCAGCCUUAAAGUGUCUGGUCAUCUUUGAAGAGCUGUGCAUCAUCAAGUCCAUCCAUGCUAGCAGUUUCUUUGUUUACUUACCCUGUUCCUGACAGUAACUACUAACUCUAAAAUGAUACAGUUACUCAAUGGUUUUUGCCUGUCUUUGAGAAUCUGUAAUAGGAAUCUGACAGUUUUAUUAAAAGUCAUGUUAUCCUG